AUGCAUCGAGAACAGCAAACAUGGCUCAGUGGAGAUCAAAAAAUAUAUAUACUAAGCAGAAAACAGGAGUCAGAAGAACACGGAAUCGGACAGUUUGGAUACAAAUCAAGCCAAUUUAUGUUUACAGCAGACCAGACAGCAGAGCAUCAAUUAUGCUUUGAAAUCCACUCGAGGUAUCGAGACGAGUAUCGUGUCCGGGUAACACUGGACCUUGUGAUGGGAGAUGCAAAAACAUAUGAUAAUAAAGCAACAGAGUCACUGGAUAACAUGACCCAUCGUGCAAAAGACCUUAAUCAGCAAAUCUACGAGAUCCGGCUUGCACAAAAGAUGAUGCGGCGAGAUGACGAAUACGAGAGUGCUGAAAUGGGCACUUAUUCAACUGACGGUGCUUAUUUCUGCAUCGAUCUGGCAGAUGCUGCAUCUUCAGGGGUUUUUUAUCAAGCAAAAGCUUGUAUAGACGAGGCAAGGACGAUAGCGCAAAAAAUACAAAAAAGCACUGCAAGACGCCGCAGGGCCGGUCAAGAUAUUGUAAAUCAAAGGAAAAUACACUGCACAAUACCUCUUUAG